GUCUGUAUGCAAACUGGACGACAUGGCCAUUGUAUGCGCUCCGGCAUAUAUGGAGGCACCAGUGGCACAGGGGAUCCAGCCCGUCUGAAGCCUCAAGGAGAGUCGCUGUCGGCUGUGUUGCGUGCGUUUCUCUCAGCGGACUCCCUUCUCAGCAGCCCCUGACCCGUCGCUAUGAGUUGCCUGGAUGUGAUGUAUCACCAAAGUUAUGGAGCGCACUACCUCCCUGCCGCGGCGUACAAGGCGGCUUACUAUCACCACCAUCACCAGCAACAACAGAGGAAGUUGAGCGUCUACAGUAAGAUGCAGGAGAGUGUGGAGCAGCAGCAGCAGCGAGGAGGAGGAGGGAUGUUGCCCAGACAUCAGGGCCUCCAGCGGGAUCCAGCACCACCAGGAACCAGGUCUGCCAGUGGAUCCACAUCUGACUCCACCCACAAGGAUGGCGGCCAGCCAGCAGAGGCCGAGUACCUGAGCUCCCGCUGCGUGCUGUUCACCUACUUCCAAGGGGACAUCGGCGACGUGGUGGACGAGCAUUUUUCCCGCGCCCUCAGCCAGCCCAGCACCUUCAGCAGUGAGACCAAGCCGAUCCGAGUCACCCAGCCACCUGCCUCGGCCUCUACCAGCUUAUGGAAAGAUGGUGUGUCUCUGUCUGAGGGCCAGAGCAGCUCUGUUUGGAACGGCGCUUAUCCAUCCCAGGCCAGUCCCUGCCUCCCCUCCGUCUCUGUGUCUGUCCAUCCAGAUUUUUCCCCGAGUCCCGUUUCCUUCCACACCCCUGAUGGAGCCUUGUGGGCUGGCCACGCCCUCUCCCAGGCCAGCCUCCCACCUCCAGCCGCCCUCCCUGACGCCUGGCCCUAUAGCCUGAACACCCAGAGCGCAGGAGGCUACCCCCAUGUCCACGACGUCUACCACCCUCACACCCAUGUCCACUCCCGGCACCCCCAUCCCGUGCUCCAUGCCUACCCAGCCCACAGCCCGGCCCUGGACCCCAGGUUCAGUCCUCUGUUGCUUCCUGGAGUCAGGAACCAGAGCCAGCUGGCCUCCAGCCCAGCCAGCCACAGCUCCACCCACAGCGAGGGGGUAAAGACGGAGAUGGACCCCAGCAACAACAGCCCCAUCACGGCUCCUUCCACUGCCUGGACCCCCUCGGCCCUCCAUGGACCUUUGGAGGUUUAUGACUCAGCUCUGGAUCAAGACAAAGCAAAGGCUUCAGUUUGGUUCUAAUGGACAGUUUGAGUCAAGUGAUCGGUUGUUGAUUGCUCCUGCCUGCAACGCAAUUCACAGCACAAACAAAAACAUGUGGCUUUAAGAAUCUUCAGCUGCAGCCCCAGCACUGUAAAGGCAAUGGAGAUGUAUGCAUAAUGACUGCUGCACUGUCCACUCAGCAUGGAGAGCAACUCAGGCAUGGACUUUGAUCAGAGUGGUCUAAUGCUUUGGCUAAAGAGCGAUAGAAACAGACUACUAGAUGUGUAAAGAAGAGAACAGGAGGCCUCUUUCUUUUCUUUUUUUCCCUGUUUUUCACAAUGUGGGAUCCAUGUGGUUCUGUUUCAAGAGCCUGCUUUUAAGGAUCUCCACAUUUUGUUUUGUACAGUAAGUGUCUGUCAGUGACUGUGAAUUGUUAUGUGUACAGUUUUGUCAUGCUAAGUAGUUGUUUGCUGGCU